AUGGACUCCUCACCUGUUUCACCAUUCAAUAUUGAUGGUUUGCCUAAAUUUUUGUCGAUGGUAUAUCAUCAUUUUCUUGAGGAAGCUACCUUCACAUUUGCCGAACUUGAUAUAGCUGAUCGACUUGCUGAUGCUUCGCCCGAUCGAGGCCUGACUGCACAAGAAAUUAUUGGCGAUGAUCGACCACAAUGGAAUAGUGAUCUCUUAUAUCGCUUGUUACGUGCGUGCAUUGAUAUAGGCAUUAUUGAACGAGUAAAGAAUGGUGUGGAUAAUCAACAUUUCGUACUCACUCCAUCAGGCCGAAUGCUUACGUCGAAUCAUCCAUCACACGUUCAUGAUCUUGUUCGUUUGUAUUUCACACCAAACUCUAUAAUUACGGGAGCUCAGUUACCGAGACUCAUUCGUGGUGAAUGUAAAGCUUAUAGCGGUGAAAAAUUGGCUGCAGGUGUCGAUUUUGGUCGCUAUCAAACGUUAGUAGAUUUGGGGGGAAAUCGUGGUACAUUUCUCGCUCUAAUCUUGGAAUAUCAUCCAAAUAUUCAACAAGGAAUUGUAUUUGAUUUACCAAAUAUCGUCGCUGCUAGCAAAAAUGCCGAAGAUUUUAAAUCACGUAAAAUUCCAACAGACAAGUACACAUUUAUUGCCGGCGAUAUGUUCGAUUCAUCGACAAUACCUCAAGCCGAUGCCUAUGUACUUAAAAGUAUAUGUCAUGAUCAUAACGAUGAACAAGCAGUGGCUAUACUUUUAUCGAUUCGCAAAGCAAAUGAAAAUCGAAAAGGCCCACCAGUAACUAUAUUCAUUAUUGACCAUGUCAUUUUGGAUGAUGAAACGAUGAAUAAUUGGCAAACGAAUGGCAUAGAUUUGUCACUAGCUUGCCUUUUUAAUAAUACUCGAGAACGAACACUAAAAGAAUUUCAAAUUUUACUUGAGAAAGCUGGCUUUGAGUUUAAAAAAUUCCAUCCAAUUGCCUUACCCAGAUCAACUAUUGAAGCUAUAUUUGUCUAG